AUUCCUAAUAAUAACAAAAAUUAAAAAUGAAGAUCUUUAUUUGUGUUGUACUAUUAGCAUCCAGUGUGUAUGGAGCGCCAUCAUUUCUCGAUGAUAUUGGAUCCAUAUUUGGUGAUAUUGGGCAAAAAGUUAAAGGCAUUUUCGACGAUUUUGGUAAUUUGAUUCCAUCAAAUUCCGAGGUUAAUGCGACCAUUGCAAUAAAUGCAUCAUCUUCAUCACUUCAAGAUGGUCUUUCAGAAGCUCUUUCAAAAAUCAAUGUUCUUAAAAACGAAGUAACAAAAGCAUUACCAAAACUAGAUGAGGGAAAAAAAUUAGUUUCAAAUAUGCUAUCUAAUUUAAAAGAACAUGGACCCGUUGAACAACUCGAAGAUAUAAUAAAUAACAUUACAAAUGGCAUUGAUAAUGCAGUCGACAAUCAUUUAAAUAAAAUUUUAGAUGAAUUUUCAAAUUUUAUCACAGAGCAUAUUAAUGGUUCAUCCAAAAUAGUGGAUGAAUUCAAAGCUUGUGCUAAAAAAAUGAAUAAGGACGUUGACGUCACUUUACCGAUCAAAGACUAUUCGAAAUGUAUUACUGGUCCAAUGAAACAAGUUGAAGAAAUGGUUAUAAAUACUGUUGCGGCAAUUAAUGAUACUCAAACUUUAUUCGUUAAAGUUGCCACUGAUGGUGAAAAUUGUUUGAAAAAAUUUAAUGGUUUAUCUGGAAUCGUUGAAGGAGGGUUAUGUAUGGCUGAAUUAAGUGCAUACGCAUUGGGAAAAUCCACAUAUAUUGCAGCAAGUGUAUCUAGUACUUUCAGUGAAGCUGCCACAUUUUUACCAAAUUUAAAAAUGAACGCUGAAGCUUGUGCUAUUAAACAGACAGCAAUUAUUGCACAAACGUAUGCAGCAAAUGGUGUUAACGCAACUGUGUGUGGUAUCAAAGGUGCUGUAAAUAGUAUAUAAAUAAAUUUCAAUAAAUGUAAAAUAAUGACACUUAAAAUUUUAUAUACUUUUGAAUAAAGUAAUCCGAACAAAAUAAUUCC